ACGGAAUCGCGGAAGAGAUUCUGCAGUCCUACUAGUUUGGCAAGUUCUCUGCGACUCAAAGCGGCGUAGAAAAGGCGGGGAUCGGUGCACUAUCUGACCAUUACGCACAUUAGUACACUUCUCAGUCCCGCAGUCGCUAAACGAAGAAUCAUGGAGGCUGCUAUUCAAACUCUCGUGAAUGUCUACCUGAAGUCCAGCAAAAGGAAAGAGAACCUGGGAAAGAAGGACUUCCAGAACCUCGUCAAGAGUCAACUCAGCAACAUCCUCUCGGACACGGACAGUAAGGAGGCAGUCAACAACAUGGCCGUCGGCCUGGACGAGAAUCAGGAUGGUAAACUGGGCUUCCCAGAGUACAUGAAGCUGAUUGGUUACUUGGCUGUGUCUCUGAGUGAGCAGCGUAUGCUGGCCACAGAGGAACCUAACCAGAAUGCCACAGGCCAAGUGGCUCAGAGCAGCCCAGACAAAGAAGAGAAGACCGAGGCCAACACGGAGGUAAACGCAGAGGUCAAGGCUGAGCCUAAAGCGGAGAUGAAGGAAGAGGCUGCCACUGCCGCUGCCACUGUAGAGCUUAAUGUGGAGGCUCCAAAGGUUGAAGCAGAAGGAGAAGUGAAGGCUGAAGUAGAGCCCCCCAAAGAAGAGACCUCUGAGGUGGUGGUCACCACAACAACAACAACAGUGGUGACAGAGGGGAUCAAUGGAGGGAUCAAAGAGAUCACAGAGGUCAAGAAGGUGACAGAAGUGAAAGAGGAGGUGAAGGAGGAGGUGAAGGAGGAAACAGUAAAAGGAGAAGACGUUCCAGCGGCUGAAGAGAAGAUAGAGGAGACAGCCUCAUAGAGGACAGUGCUGACCAAAACUAAGUUCACACUACAGAGCAUUAGCCCUGCCACUCUGAGGUGGCAACAAACUCCUGAUUUUGCAAAACACUACACAAACCCUGAAAUAAUGAACUCUGGCAAAACACUAAAAUCAAUUCUAAAAAUAUAUAAAAAAGUAUAUACCUUCAUAUCUGAUACCCCAUGUACAUGGCAGUUGAAUAUGACUUUGUACUACUACUUAUUAUGUCCAUAUGUACAGCAUGUGCAUCCCCUUAUCUAGCACGUUUACCUCAUGAUAUAUGAUGCUAUGUGUCAGUCCCUGUGAAAUAUGUGCCACUUGACGAACCACUAGAGCCAAUGCAUCCCAUCAAUCUCGCCAGCCUCAGGGCUGUAGCAACUGUCAACAAAACAACUCCUCUUUUAUAUCUGAGCAUUUAAAAGGACAAUAAACAAGUUGUUUUGCUCUUUUUGUCCCUAUUACGCCAUUUACUCUUACUAGUGUCUUUUGUUACUGUAAAACCCACUGUCCCCAGUUCUGGGAUUUCCCAAAAAAUAAUUUUCACUUAGAGCAUCCAUGGGUUACAAGGUGGACAGUAGAGUCGGCCUGUAGUUAAAUAAUUAAGUGUCCAAGAUGGAAAGCACACCGAAGGGCCUUCUGGUUCAAAGGAGGUCUGUGUCGUCCAUUGGGAGCGGGCUGCAGGUCAGGGAGGUGUUCGCUCAUGCAACCUAAUCCUGAGGAUUAGAUCUGGCCAUAGCUACACUAACUAAAGACUACAGAGUCUCGGACACGACAGGUGUCACUGGUGUUAGGUAUGAGAAUAUGCGCCUGGUUCGGUCCUACUGUGAGAUGUUAGCCAGCAGCAGUAAUGAGCAGAGUCCAUACAGAAAUGUCCCAUUGUGUUGUGAGGCUGUUGUUUUCACUUGUCCAGGCCUAUGUUUAUUGUUUUGCCGGUCACGCCCCAGUACAGUUAAAAACCCUGUUUGACCUGCAACUGGAUCCUUAUGUCCCGAGCAUUGGGAUAGUGUGGAUUAAUCUGGUGGUAACACGCCCAAGGAAACAAACAAUUACAUGAAAGUAAUCCUGGGCUUCAGGGAUGCGCCAAAGCUGGUAGUACUUUUAUUAUGGGUUGAAUAAAAUACUGAGCCAUCAACAUGAACCUAUGUGCUUUUUUAUGCCAGUGUAAAACUUUGCAUGCUCAAAAAUCUAUUUUGUUAUUUACUAUUGUCUUACUAUGGCCAUUACUUCAUGUAAACAGGUUUUUCAUACCAUAUUGUAUUUAUCUUCUCAUUGGACCACUAUGGAUAUCACUUGAAAAUGCUUUACCCCAUUAUAUGAAAGUACAAUUUUAUGUUUUUCAAAUUGUUUUUUAUCAUUAAUAAUACAGCCAGUGAUUUGGCUGCUGUUUCUAUAGUAUAGUGUAGUAGGUUCACUUAGCCAGUCUGUUUUACUCUUAGCUCUGUCACUGCAGCACCUGGCACUUCAAACCACUAAACAGCAAGACAAAUAGAGUCAUGUGCUAUAUCCCCGCCUCUAUGGGAUCCUCCCAUUGUAAAUAUAACAGUCUUAUACACUACUCAGCUUUUUCCAUGCUAUUUCCUGCAUGAUUUUUUACCGACUAACAACCAUUAUAUUGGACAUGUGGGCUUUUAAACUAUAUUUUUAUAAACAUAUUUUGUGUAUGUUAAAUAUUAUAUGGUACUUCUUGUGAAUAUUGGAGACAUAUCAGACCUUUGCACCAUUUGAAAGGGCUAAACUUGCAUCUUGUACAUGCAGACCACACCAGCAGGCUGCAUACUUUUGAGAUCCCAAUAGGCCAGUGGGUUUGUUUUGCAAUCUUCUUUCCUCUCUGUCUUUUGGAAUCAAUGGAAUAAGUGUAAUAAAUUAACAAGAACUUGCACUACACAUAAAACUGGACACUUGCCAAUACAUUCCUGUCCAAAUUAGAUGUUAUGUGCAAAUUCCUUUAAUGCAGCUAUUGCAGUUUAAUCUCUUAAUGAUAGCAAUAAUAAGUGGCAUAAAUCUAGUUACUUUAGGGGCGUCUUUUCAUGGAGGCUUUUGUAAUGUCUGGCUGAAAUAAUGUAAGCUGUCCCAUAGUGAAAACCCCACCCAUCCUCAAUGUUGAUUAGAAACAUUUGCAGCAGGGAGUGUUUAUAGCCACACUUUUAUUACUGCACAAUAGGUCUUAUUAUAUUCCAAAGAUACAGUUUCCAGCAAUUAUGCGGAUGUUCUUUUGUCCCCAUUGUAUUUUUAUUUCCUGCCAAAUUUAAAGUUCAUUGCAAUUUCUUGUUAACAUCAUUUGUGCUUAAUCUAUGUAACAUGUAAUGGCUAAUAUUGAAUAAAACUGUGACAAUAUUAUACUUAAA